AUGUGAUCUUUAAAGCAUCCAUAUCCCAAUCUUUUUUUAGAUCAUAAUAGUUAACAUCAUAAUCUUGUGUAUCAUCUACAACUGUUUUGCUUUAUUCCAAUUAGUUGAUAUUGUAAUGGUUUUGUUCUGUCGUAUAUUGUUGUAAAAGUCUAUGAAUCAAUUAUGAUUUAUCAGGAUAUACAUAUAUAUAACCAAAGCUGGGGAAAAGCAAAUUGGGUGAUUAACACAAGGUUCAAGCAUAUAGAUGGCUGACCAAAUUUGGCCAAAUACUGAAUAAGCUAAUUUACCUGAAGAGUUGGCCUUCCCUCUUGUUACCUGGAACUAACAAUGGGUGUGAAAGCAUGUAAGGAGGAGAUCCAACCAGGAAAUAAAGAAGAAUUUCCUGGCACUGAGAACUAUUAAGCAAUGGAAUGGCUUACCUCCCAGAAUUGUGAGUGUUCCAUCGCUGGAAGUUUUCAAGAAAUAAUAGGAAAACCAUUUGUCCAAGAUAGCAUUUGGGCAGGGGGUUGGACAAGAAGACCGCCACGGUCCCAUUCAGCCUUAUGAUCCUAUGAUUGGCAACCAGAACCGUCUCCUAUAAGAAAGAGCCAGGAGGGAAAUAGUGUAAAUAGAAACACAGUAGAUAUAUUUGGAUGGGAGAGGGAGUAAUUCAGAUUUAAAAAUCAAAGGAUAAGAUUUUUCCCCCUUGACACACUCCAACAAAUGGUACUCCUAUGAAGAGAAAAAAUAACUACUGUGUAGUACAUCCAUAUGACUCAACCUGUGGACAUAUGAAUGAAAAACAAACCCCCACAGCUGUUGGUUCUAAAUUUAAACCAAAGAAUCUGCCCAGGACUGGCCCUAGUCUAAUAGUAGAGUUACAGCAAAACUACCAGGAAAGCUGCUGGAAUCAGAAUUUGAAAGGAUUAUUUAAAAAUAAGGACUUUUUCAAGUUAUGUUUCUUCAGUUCUUCACAACAAACACAGAGCCACCCAAAGUGAAAAGGGAGGAAUCCAAAAGUCGAAGUGCUUUGUUACAUGAGAUCCAAAGAGGAACUCGAUUGAGAAGAGUAACCCAGAUCAGUGAUCGCAGUGCUCCGCAGAUUGACAUUGACAGAAGAAGGCCCAGCAAAGAUGGAGGAAGCUCUGGAAACUGUAGCAGUGAAAUACCUCAGGCAUUAGGAAACCUUUUUGCAGAAGGCUUUCCUGUUCUGAGACCAGUGGGCCAAAGAGACUUAGCAGUGAAUAGAACUGGAAAGUCACCUACUGCCAAAACAUCUCCCCCGAAGGUUCCAGUCCCACUCAACAAUAAUGGGAAGUCCAAUGGCAACUUUCAAAUCUCCCCAAGUGGCCCUAAGCAAGCAGAUGAAUCAGAAGCAUCCAAGAUCCAGAGCGCUAUGCCAGCUCACCCCAGCAUCCCUGUUCCUCCUGCUCCUACUUCAGUUCCAUCUCCUCCUCCUCCUCCUCCUCCACCACCACCACCACCACCACCGCCAUUAUCAUCUCCCUCCAGAAAACCAUCACUUAUCUUUCCUCCUCCUCCCCCUCUACCACCUCCUUUUUCUGAACAUCCUAACAAGUUCCCUUCCCCAGACAUUGCUGCUGCUGCUGCAUCCUCUCAGAAUAGAACUCCUAAAGGUCACCUCUCCCCGUUGAACAUACCACCUCCUCCACCAUUACCUUUGUCUCCAUCAUCCCCCUCUGGGCCUUCAGGCAAAAUUAAUGAAUGUUCCAGCCCAAGCUCCUCCCAGCUCGAUCUAAGACAUAAUUCUCCCCCCAUGCCACCACCCCUACCUCCUCUCCCAGGACCUUCUAUGUCUACUUUUUCUUCACCGAGAACAUCAAUGUUUUCACCAACAUCACCAACCUGUAACAGUGAUUCUGCUUCCCUGUUGCCUCCCAAAAACAAGUUGCAAAAGCUCCCCAUUCCAUCAAUGCCUCUUCCCCCUUCCCUCCCAAGCACACAGCAAGCUCCUGCAAUGCAGAAAAGGAGACAAGGAAGAGGUGGAGCAAAGUUGAUGCCACCACCUGUUCCUCCUGCAAGGUCUCCCACAACUGAGCUCACAAGCAAAUAUCAACACACCCAAGUAUCUCCAUGGCCGCCAGCUACUCAGGACUCAGAUGACUUUGAAUCUAAAUUUACUUUCCAUUCCAUGGAAGACUUUCCUCCUCCAGAGGAGUUCAAGCCUUGUAAGAAAAUUUAUCCUAGCCAAGAAGCAAGGAAUAAAGCAAGCAAUCCCCCUUUACGAACACAAGCGAGAUGAGAAAAUCAACGAUUCAGGGUUAUUCCAAAAAAUCAGGAGUUCAACAAUUGCAGUGUAAAAUGUAGGGCAUAUUUUUGUUAGUGUUGUGAUAUGUUCAGGCAGAUAUGGCACUUAAAAGACUGCUGGAUGUAGAUGGGCCAGGAUGAGAGUGCAUGUUCAGUUAUAAAAAGUUGCAGAAUAAUGUAUUUUUAUUUAAAUUUUUUUAAAGCUGGCCUGAAUUUUAUUUUUAAAUGCUAUGGAAUAUUGUAAUUUACAUAGCUUUUCAUUCUUAUAUGGUAUAUUUUGGUAAAGUGAAAUUGUUUGCCUGUACUGUACACAGUUCGGUUGCCGAUGGAGUUUCUGUUGUAAUUAAUUCAAGAUUUCCAAAUUUGAUUUACUGUAUUUACAUGAUAUAAUAUAUAAAUUCCUGGCAAGUA